AUGGCGCGGCGCUACUGCCGUGCCACGUCUCGGUUUAUCGGAGAAAUACAAGUAUAUCCCUCAAAGGUAGCAACAUCUGCGGUUUUGUUAUGUUUUUGUCUCAUUUUCCCUCCUGCCGCGGAGGCUGGACUGUACACCGCUACUGACCAAGUCAUCGUGUUAAGUACGGAAAAUGUGGAGUGGGUUUUGGUGAACUCCUCAGCAGCUAUACUGGCAGAGUUUUAUGCUUCAUGGUGCGGACACUGCAUCGCCUUUUCUCCGGUGUACAAAAGUCUGGCGAGAGACAUCAGAGAGUGGAAGCCAGCUGUGGACCUGGCAGCAAUCGACUGUGCCGCAGAGGAGAACAGGAAGGUCUGCACCAGCUUCAAAAUCAGGGCUUAUCCCACGAUAAAGUUCUUCCAUGCUUAUUCUGAGGCUGAUUCUGCAGGACAGUCUUUUAAAGUUGGCACUCAUGAUGUUCGGGUGCUCCGUCACAGGAUCAUAGACAAACUGGAAAGUCAUAAGGAGCCCUGGCCCCCUGCCUGCCCUCCACUGGAGCCCGCUAGCCAAGCAGAGAUCGACAGCUUUUUUGAGACCAACAAUGUUCAGCACCUUGCUCUGAUCUUCGAGGACGCUAAAUCCUACAUCGGCCGAGAGGUAACCUUGGACCUGUUACAGUUUGAAAACAUCGCAGUACGGAGAGUCCUGAGCACUGAGGAAGGUCUGGUAACCAAACUGGGAGUGACUGAGUUUCCCUCCUGCUACCUUUACUCUCCUGGAGGUAACUUCACCAGACUUAAAGUCAACAUCGAGGCUCGUGCUUUCUACUCUUAUGCCCUCCAGAGGCUGCCGGGGGUGGUGCGGUCAGGGAAGCCUCCACCGGUCACCAUAGAUGUCAUCUCCAACAGCACAAAGGAGCCCUGGAGACCUUUCAACAGUUCCAGGGUGUACAUGGCAGACCUCGAGUCAACGCUGUACUACUCUCUGCGUGUGGAGGUGGCUGCUCAUACUCUCAUGGAUAAAGAGGCCUUGACCUGUCUCAGGAAUUAUAUCUCUGUCCUGGCAAAGUACUUUCCAGGCCGUCCAGUGGUGAUGAACCUCUUGAGGUCUGUCCACGCUCAGCUACAGAACUACACUGGCGAAAAGAUAACCUAUGAGGCAUUCAGACAGAUGCUGGAUAACACAACUCAGUCUCUAGAUGCUGCCCUGCCUGAUGGAGUGAGGUGGGUGGGCUGUCAGGGUUCACAACCCCACCUGAGACGUUAUCCUUGUGGGAUGUGGACUCUCUUCCAUGUCCUCACUGUCCAGGCUAAGAACGCUGGGACAGGCAGAGAUUCCCAGGAGGUGCUGAAUGCGAUGAGAAACUACGUCCACAACUUCUUUGGCUGCAGGGCGUGUGCUGAGCACUUUGAGUCCAUGGCGAGGGAGAGUCUGGUGGAGGUGAACACAUGGUCGUCAGCGGUCCUGUGGCUUUGGUCCAGACACAAUCAAGUCAACAGCAGACUGGCAGGUGCUUUGAGUGAAGACCCCAACUUCCCAAAGAUCCAGUGGCCUUCACCAGAAAUGUGUCCAGCCUGCCAUAUGGUGAAGGACAAUGGGGAUCACAAGUGGAGCCAGGAGAACAUUCUCCCUUUCCUCAUGUCCUACUUCUCAUCCAGCAGCAUCCUCACAGACUACCUUGAAGAUGAAAGUGAGAUCCUGGAAAAACAAAGGGAAAAACUUGUGAGACAGCAGCAAGCUUUAGAAGAUCAGAAACAUUCACAGAGGAAAGCCAGGGAGGCCUUGGACUCCAUGACACACCCUCUGCCAUCGCAACCCACUGUGCAAGAAGAGGAGGAAGAGGAGGAGGAAGAGGGGCCGCAGGAUGAAGCAGAUGAAGAGGAGGAAGGCAGGGAAGGAGCGGCAGCAGCAGCUGAGAUCGCAGGUAAGACAUCUGAGACGACACCGUGGGCCAAACCCCAAAUGGAAGUGGGUCGAGGCCGGCGGCAGCCCCACAGGAAGCCGAGCAUCGUGGGGAUGAGGAUGCGAGAGCUGCAGGAGGACAUCGUGGAUCUCGACUCAUUCGUCAACCAGCACUACAAGGCCAAGGCGCUGCGGGUGGCUGCCUCCAGCAGGGUCAAACAGCGCACCCUGCAGAGGAAGGAGGAGCAGGAGCCCGGGCCUGUGUUCGGGCUCGGCAUGGAACUGGACGCGGGGCUCGGGAUGGUGGGCCUGCAGCCUAUGGAGGCAGACUUUGACAUGGAUGUGGAGCGGCAAAGGAAGCAGCUGCAGAAGCGGGAACUGUCUGGUCAGUACUUUAUUGAGGAGGCCGAAUUGAGCCGCAGAGGACGCUGGAUGUCUGUGCUGAGCAUCGGAUUCUCCAAAGUGGACAUCAGCCUGUGUGUCAUCCUUUACUUCCUUUCCUCCAUGUGUCUCCUGGCCAUGUACCUUUUCUUUAAAAACCGCCUCAGGCUACGGCGGGCUAAAGUUUCCCUACCCUGAACCAAAGUGUAUCCAAAUUUGUAGAGAGGCAGCAAUAAUUAACAUUCAUUAGGUUCAUGUAGGCUAAGGUUGGGUUAGUGUAAGGGGAUGUGUCGAGAUUAGGGCAAUCUUAGGUGGUUCACUUAUCUGUUACCUACGGCCAAAGUAGGCAACAGCGUGUUUUACCCUGAAUGUUGUGGUGUCUAACUGGAGAGGAAGAGAAGGGAGAAUUAGCAGAUUACCUUCCAAAUAUUUGAAAAUUGUGUAAAUUAUCUAACCUUACACUUAAUCUGGCCUCCAGAGCUUUUCAGGCAGCGCCUUAACUGUGGAAAAUCUGUACGUAUAGAUGUAUGUUUCCAUCAGUGGGUUCCUUUGUGUGGGUUUGAGGUUUGCGCCUGAGUUAAGGAUAAUUCAUUUCUGAUUUUUGUUUGACCAGUUAUGAAGGCUGAAAUUGAACCCAGUAUGAGAUUUUUUUUUAAAUUUAGAUUAAGUAAAUGCAACUAACUUUUUUGUUGGGAUUUUUGUUGCUUUACGCAAGUUAUGGUCAUUUGUAGCAGUCUGAUUUUUUUUUUUUUUUUAAUCUCACAGUAGGCAAAGACCUACGCUGCUUCACUGUGUACUAUGCCAAAAAAAAAAUACAUUUUUUAUAUAUUUACAUAUAAAAAAUAUUUGAAUCAUUUGAAUUAAAUACUCAGAUAGGUUAUUCUUUGAUUUUAAAAAAUGUUCUGUUGUAUCUUAAAUUACAGAUGGACUGUUUUUCCCUCCAAUCAAUGAGAUUUUUGUGUUUUAAUUAUUAAGUGAGAUGUUUCUGCAUUUCAUUAAAUAGUCAGAUUGUAAAAACAGCCCCGGGUCUUAAUGCUUUGUGGGGUUUUACCAUUUGUUGUAGGCUCAACUGUUGCAUCAUAUUAUUACAUACUGUGACAGGACCAGCAGGUCCAUACUAACUUUCACCAGAGAAGAGCGGAUCAGCCUUCUGUUGUUCAGCUCCUUUUGAGGUGGCUUACUGUACAUCACACUGAGGGUUAUGUCACCUCUUUGAUUAUUACAUCACACUGCUGAGUCCACAUAACAAUUACUCUGGUUGUUUAUGAAGUGUUGUGGAGCAACGCAUAUGUUCACACUGGACAAGGUUUAAGAAUAAGCAGGAUUUGUUUUUGGCUUGUGUCCAUGACGGAGAGCUUUGGCUGGUCAUCUCAAAAACACUGUGUUUUUCUGUUUGCUUCUUUGCUUCUGUCUGAAUCAAUAAAAUUAUUUUUGAUAAGGA